AUGCAGUUCAAGAAGAGUUCCGUCGCUUGGUUGCUGUUAUUGAAUUUUGCAGCUGAAAUAACCAGCUCUGCUUCCGUCACUAGUCAUGCUGUAACUACAAAUAUUGGGGGAUUACCAGUUACUCAAACUCUCAUAUUAGACCACCCAGAGAAAAGAGCGGAACCAGCUGCUGCAGGUGCUCAACAAGGUGCAGCGGCCCAACAGGGUGUUACAGAUACUGCCACUACAGCACCAGGAGCUAUAGCAACAGCAACAACAGGUGCCACCGCUUCGGGUUCCGGGGCAACAACUACACCAGCAGGAGCAACUACAUCAGCAGGAGCAACUACACCAGCAACAGGCACUACGACUUCGGGUUCUGCAUUAACAACUACACCAGCAGCAGCUACUACGCCAGCAACAGGCACUACGACUUCGGGUUCUGCAUUAACAACUACACCAGCAACAGCUACUACACCAGCAACUACUACGCCGGCAGCAGCUACUACACCAGCAACUACUACGCCAGCAACAGCAUCCAGUACGUCAAGUUCAGAUACACCAGCCGCAAAAGUGACGCACCAAACUACUAGACCGGAUCCAUCAACAAACAUGUUCACACCACCACCAAGCACUCCAGUGACGGAUCUUUCCAUGGAUACUUUGGCUACAAUGACUCAAAUGAAAGAUGGUAAGACCAACGUCUACACAACUACUAAAGAACAUACUUCUAACAUGUGGGUUACCAUUCCAUACAAGGGCUCUUCAACUGUGGUACAAACAACAUUUGCUCAAAGAUUCGCAAGUAUGUAUGACAAGGUUGCUUCACCUAAGCAAGGUUCCGUUGGAUUGGGUUCCAUUAGCGGAACUAUAGGUGUUGUUAAAUCUCAAAUGAAAUACACCCUAUCUUCUUCAAACGGUGUGGCCCCACAAGUUUUCUCUGAUCGUUCUAUGUUCUUCCCAUUGGUAGCCUUCUUCAUGUGGUUUUUGUGA